AUGUUACUCCCCAUCUUCCUCGCUUUGGUAUUCGUCUAUGCUGGGACCAUUCUGUACAAGAGGCAGAGUCUCGCGCGACGUCGGAAAUUCUUCGAGGAGAAACAUGGCUGCAAACCGCCGAGACACGUCUUAGGAAAACCUUGGUGGGAUCAGUUUGGGUUGGUGUUUUUGAGGGGGAUGAUUAGAGCGGCGGGUGAGCAUAGAGUCCUGGCAUAUCAUCGAAGCUUACUGGUGGAGCGGGAUACAGGGGGAAGGGGGUUUAGUGAUUUUGUUAAUACUAGUCGGUUUGGGACGAGGAAGGUGUUAUUCACGGACGAUCCGGAGAAUGUCAAGAGUGCGCUUACGAGGGCGGAAGAUUUUGUCGUGGAGCCUGCGAGGCUGGAGUCGUUUGGGCCGCUUUUAGGGAAGGGGAUUUUCACGGCUGAUGGGGCGCAUUGGCAGCAUUCGAGGAAUAUGCUCAAGCCGCAGUUUGAGAAGCGGCAGAUUAUGGAGUUGGAGCAGUUUGAGAGGCAUGUUCCCAAUCUCUUGGCGAAUAUCCCGGAUGAUGGGGGGACGGUGGAGUUGCAGGAGCUGUUCCAUAAUUUUACCAUGGAUACGUCGACGGAGUUUUUGACGGGUACGAGCACGAAGUCGCUGAGUACGGAUGAGCAGGGCGCCCGAGCGAAGGACUUCGUCGCGACUUUUGAGAAGAGUAUGGAUGACUGUACUCUCCACGCGAGAGUUGGCAGACUGUACAGUCUCCUCCCUCACUUCGCCGCGAAGCGGAGCCAUAGACUUUGUCGUCGGUACAUUGGAGAAUGGGUCGACCGCGCUAUGGCCUUCAAGCAGCGCAAUGGUCACGAGAAGGCGAAGAAGGGCGAGCAAUACUGCUUCCUCAACGAGCUGGUUAAACAUGACGAAGUUGAUCGGACCAGAGCUGUUAAUGAGACGAUGAAUAUCUUGCUAGCGGGGAGAGAUACUACCGCGAGCCUCCUUAGCCAUCUCUUCUUCCAUCUCGCGCGCGAGCCGGAGCUUGACGGGCAACUUCCGACUUAUGAGCAGUUGAGGAAUAUGAAGUACCUCCGCUAUUGCUCACAAGAAGCCCUCCGCCUCCACCCUCCAGUCCCAAUCCUCGGCAAACACGCCGCCCGGGACACAUUCCUCCCGCACGGCGGCGGCCCCACCGGCCUCUCGCCCCUCUUCAUGGCGCAAGGCGACAUCAUCGUCUACAACUCCUACUCCAUGCACCGCUCCACGACCCUCUACAGCUCGGACUCCAACCUCUUCCGACCGGAGCGCUGGGCGGAUCCUGGGUUGAGGCCGUUUUGGGGGUAUAUACCGUUUGGAGGGGGCCAACGAGUUUGUUUGGGCCAGCAGUAUGCGUUGGCUGAGGGGUAUUAUGUUACGGUGCGUUUGAUGCAGGAGUUUGGGAGGAUUGAGAGGAGGGGAGAGGUGGGGUGGGAGGAGAGGUUGACGGCUACGUUGGGGUGUAGGGAUGGGGUUCGGGUGGGGCUGUGGAGGGAGUAG